AGAAAUGUUUAACAAAACCGGAUUGCCUGAUUAAGCCUCAUGUCCAGUCCUUUUAUCGCGAUUUAUGAAAGUUAUGUAGUAAACUUGCUUUCUAUCAUAAUGGUAUAUAAUUCUAACGACUAUUAAGUGAUAAUAACUAAAUUGAUAAACGUUGUCAAUAAAUGUUCUUUGCCAAAGUAGUAAUUAAUAUUAAAGAAAAUGUGGCUUAGUUUUCAAAUUAUUUUAUUUUAGGCCAACAAAAGUCAUUUAAAUAACUAAUUAGUAUUGUUUUGUAAAUUUUAUUAAAGUGUUAUCUUUAAUUUUUCCACACUAUUGAACGCAAAAAAACUUUAAAAAACAUAAUAUUAAAAAUUAAAAUUUUUAAAAAUAAAUAGUUUUAUUAUACUAAAAUUUUAAUAUAUCUUAAAUAAUCGACUUUUUUAAAUUUUUUCUGGUUAAUAUAUUAUUUAAAAUUAAUGAGAAAAUCACAAUUAGUCAGUGACUAUGGCUGCAUAGAAUAUUAUUUUAAAGAUAUUCUAGUUGAUAGUUGUAAAUCUAAUCGGAAUAAUCUGGAUUCUAUUAUUGAUACCGAUGAUAGUGAUAGUUCUCAAACAGCAACAUCUUCAGCCCUUGGAUCAUGCCUAGAUGAUUUAGAAUCUGAUGCUUCUUUGUUGUCAUUGCAUACCAGUAGUGAUGCAAGAUCUGAAGAAUGUUUUGAUACUGUUUCUUCAUCAAUACAUAUUUUUAACCGAAGAAAAACAAAAAAUUCUACCAAAAACUCUUUAAGGAACUCUACAAAAUCAAACUUAAAAAAAAAAUAUGAUGGAAUUCAAUCUCCAGAAUGUAUAAUUGGUAAAAUAUGUAACAAUGAAGAAAUAGUAGCUGGAAGUUCUGCUCUCAUAUUACUUGAUCGACCUCCAAAUAUACCUGCUAAAUCAAUUGAUGAACAAUUAGAACAUAAAAAAUUAUACGAACAAGUUAUACAAAAUGCUAAAAAAAAAGAAAAUGAAAGUUUUAAAAAACAAAAAGAAUACCUCAAACAAAAGUUGAAAAAUGAAGAACGAUUAGCUAGUGUAACACAAAUAUGGAAUCAAGAAAUAAUUCCAAAUUGGAAUACAAUGUCCCAAACUAAAAGAUGUCGCGAUUUAUGGUGGAAUGGUUUACCUUCUAGUGUACGAGGAAAAGUAUGGUCUCUUGCUAUUGGUAAUGAUUUAUUCAUUAAUGAAGAAUUGUAUAAAAGUUGUGUUACAAAUUCUGCUACAAAAUUUAAAGACUCAAAUGAUUGUAGUGUACAUUGCCUAGAAUACAUUUAUUUAGAUAUUACUCGAACCUUUCCACAUUUGGGUAUUUUUCAACAAGGUGGACCAUAUUUUGAUGUCUUAAAAAGAAUAUUGAGUGCUUUUGUAUGUCUGAGACCUGAUGUAGGAUAUAUUCAAGGAAUGUGUUUUAUAGCAGCAAUUUUACUAUUAAAUAUGGAAGAGUUACCUGCCUUUAUUUGUCUAGUAAAUUUAAUGGAAACACAAUGUCUUAAAACAUUCUACACUGUAAAUCACCCUAUGAUGACUUCGUACUUUUUAACAUACAGUGAUCUACUUAAACAUAAUUUAAGUAAACUUAGUAUACAUUUCAAUAAAAUUGGUUUAACUCCAGAAAUGUAUUUAGUUGAAUGGAUUUAUACAGUAUACACCAAAUCAAUGAAUUUAGAAUUGGCAUCUAUUAUAUGGGAUAAUUUUUUAAGAGAAAAUGAUUCAUUUUUAUUCCAAACAGCUUUAGGAAUACUAUACAGCAAUGAAACUGAAUUACUUCAAAUGGAUUCUAUAAUGUGUGCCCAGUUUUUGACUAAGUUACCAGAUAGUUUCACAUCCAGUUCUUUACUAAAAUCAACUGCCUUAAUUCGGAUGUCAAUAGGUAAAAAAUCAUUUAAUGAUUUACUAUUAAAUCAUCAAAAAAAUAUUCAUUAAAUAUUUGUAUAUUAAAGUAAUAAACUUGUGAUUUUUUUGUAAUUGUUUAUUAUAAUAAAAUAGAACUAGCACUUUUUAUUACCAACAUAGUUUU